UUCAAUUCGCUGUUGUGCACGUGUGAUUUGGAUUGCUGAAUAAUCAGUUCAAAACCAUCCAUUCUACCUUCACCCGCGUUACAGUGCUUUGCCCGUGUUCCUUGCGCAAUGCACGCUUACGUCAGUUAUGUGCAGGACACUGUCACGGCUAUUGUGCCUGUACCUCUCAUCAGAAACUUCCGGCCAAAAAGCGAAACAGAUUUUGACAGAAACCGUCGAAUGGUUUACUGGUGCUCGAAAAAAGGCGGAGGUAGCGAUGAAGAAUUCUACGAGGCCGAAAUACUGGAUCUGGCAGAAUCGAAAGAAGCUUUAAUACUGAAGCUCAAGCACAAAAAGCUGCCUAUCCCGACAAUUUUUGAGUGCGACAAGGAGUAUCAUCCACCAAGUAGCCUAAAGAAGUCUGUAUCAGACACAAAGAAAGCAAAAGAAAAUGCAAAGAAGGAACGUCUGAAGAAGAUUGCUUCACAUCAGGGGAAAGUGAGCCAAGCCCCAAAGAAAGGGCAACAAAAACUGAAUCGAUGUGAUCCCCCUGAAGAAGAAUGCAGUUCCUCUGACGAGAGUGUCGUACCUUCAAGCUUACUUGUGCAGAAGGACAAGAUAAUUGCAAGACUGAAGAAAAAACUUUGUGAAGAGCAAGACAAGAACAACCGGCUGACACUAGCACUUCUCGAUAAAAUCGAGAUUGCACGGGAAACUUCAGCACAACGAGCACCUAUGGCUGUCACCGCCACUGCACUCUACUUUGUUGCGAAUCAACCGCAACAUAUUGCGUGUCUCCGCUGCCGUAGGGAUUUCACGCGGUCCCUCAUACUCGUCCUCCGAGGCUCCUUCGUCGACGUCCAUGUGACCGACGAUGAUGUCCACAAUUUCGGCAUCCGUCACAGGACUGACGACCGGAAUGUUCGUAUCCACUCGCGCAAAGGAGCGGAAAUCAUCAUCCACUUCUUGCCCCACAAGAUCAUGCACUCUUCUGUAGAGGCUCUCAGAUUCCUCCCUGUCAUCCAGUUCGACUGGCUGAGCCGUGGCACGUACGCGGCAAAAACCCUCAUGCGCGAAGCAAUUCGCAAUCUGUGCUCCUUCCAGGUCCCUCCACGAACGGCAAAUCAGAUGAAUUGCACCAAGGAGAUCAAUGCUGUAGCCCUUGCUACAGUCGUACGCAAGCAACAUACGCUGAAGAAGGCUUUUCUGGUACAGCCUCCUCGUCAUUUCAAUGAUGCCCUGGUCCAUAGGCUGCAAAACGGACGUGGUGUUGGCUGGCAGGAACUCCACAGUGUUCCACAGGGACCUGUAGAAGUGGGAGUGCCCACACCUGACAAAGUGUACUGCAAAUCUGGUGGCAGCAGUGAGAUGUCCUCUAUGCUUACAGUUAAAGUCGGGACGUCUUCUGUUCCAGAGCAUCCUGGGCCACAUAGUGCUUUCUGUGGGAGUGACGUGAACGCGACUUCAGGCUCGACUGGGUCUUCGUCAGUAACUGUGCCUGACCCACAACUGGAGCUGUACGCAGUGGUCGACGACAAGGUUCACCUUGGGAAUAGCUUCUUUAUUCCUCGCAACAAGUUAGAUUUCCUUCAACGUGGAACUACUGAUUCUAAAUUGGUGAAAGAUGUAGCCCGGCAUCUCUGGACGAUAGAAGAGAUGACUAGCCGGAGCAUUACUGGCCAACCGUGCCGCAGGCCAGGUGUGCCCGGAUCGAUCAAGCAGCAGGCAACCCCUGCGAAGGUCGAAGCCAUAACUAAUGUCCUUUCAAAAUUUGUUGAGGGCCACCCGAACCAGACGCCUGCUGAACAAAGAAUGAAAACCGUCAGAAAAACACUAAGUGAUUUCUUUGCAGACAUGGCCCGCCAGGGCAAGAGAAGGAAGAUCGUGUCAUGAACUUUUCCUACAUAAAUACAUGUAUCAAUACAUAAGAAUAAAAAUGCAGUU